AUGGACGAAGAGCAACUAAUUGAAUACGUAAGACAAUUUAAAGUGAUUUAUAAUCCAAAAUGUAAAGAAUAUAAAGAUCAAGUUAUGAGAGCAGCUAUUUGGGAAGAGAUAGGAGAAAAAAUGAAACAACCUCCGGAUAAAUGUAAAGAUGAGUGGACAAAAUUAAGAAAUGCCUAUGUAAACGCCAUGAAACGUCGUAAAAAUAAAAAAAGUGGUCAGGCCGCUAAAUCAAUAAUUCCAUGGAACAUGAGCAAAGCCCUAAAAAAACUUCCUAAACUCGAACAGUCCAAAAUAAAAUUAGAUUUGCACACGGCAAUAUCACAAGCCGAAAUACGCAUCCUCGAAGCACAAGACCAAAUCCGCAGAAUGCCAAUCAAUGUGACUCGCCAGAUUAUUUCUCAGCCGCAACAACAGAGACUGCAAUCACCCGUUCACACAUCCACAUCCAUGCUGUCAUUCCCCAGUACAUCAACCUUUGCCUACACACCGACAUUCACAGCACCAAUGGAAGCAUCGACAUUGGAUUCGGAACAACAGGAUUCUCGUCUCUCGGCAUAUUAUUCAGACAUACAAUUUUCUGAGGAAGAUAAUUGA